UUUAUCCUCCAUGAAAAAUAACUUGUCGUUUACUUUAUCAUGUAAUGUAGUGAAAAUCUUCAUCUUUAUGACUGUAUUAUACUGCCCCUCCCGGAAGCGGUAUAAUCACAUCCACAGAGUAAUAUGUUCACGUCAACAAUGAGACCAGUUUCCAUCUUGGACGAGGCAAGUACGUCAAAUUAUUAGAAAACAACUCUCAUACUGAUGUACGAUGUGACAACCCUGCUGAAUAUAACGAUCUCAUAUCAAAAAUGAGUAUUCAUAUUUUCACGGAGCAGAGUAGUUCAAUGAUCGGGUGUCAGCAAAUAGUGCGAGCUGCGGCUUCUCUGAGUGGCCACUGGGGGUCCCCAGGCUUUAUUUUGGGAAACGCGCAAACACACACACACGCACACACACAUACGCAGUGUUGACGCAGCUCCAUUCAUCUGCUCGAGAAAGGGCAGCAGACGGUUCAAAUUUAUUUGAGUGUAACAUUUGUGUCACUUUUCCACUCUUUUGUGUGCGUUUGCAUUCUCACACCAUUUCUUUGUGCGUGCGUGCGUGAGCGUGCGUGCGCGUGCGUGAGGACUACAGCUGAGAGCAUGCACGUCGACGACGAGCGGCACCGAGAUUCAACAACGACGGCAACAAAAUGGACCGGUCGGCACCGAUUACCCCAACGAUGCACUUUGUCUUCACUGCUGCUGCUGCUGCUUUUGCUCGGCGUGGACGUGACGUGGAGCGCCACGGCGCCGCUGGACGCCAAUGACUUUGCCUUCUUCCACGAGGGCACCCGAGGGUGCCUGGGGGUGCGGGAGCUCUCCCUGGUGCUGUCCACGUCCUGCCGGGAGGCCGGCCAGCGUUGGAAGUGGGUGACCGGCGGUCGCCUCUUCAACCUGGGCUCCUCGCUGUGCCUGGGCGUGACCGCCGGCAACGACACCGCCUCCACCAGCUCCGGACCGGGACGCAGCCCCCUGAGCGUGUACACGUGCGACCGCCUACCCCCUAUGGUGCGCUGGACGUGGAGCUGCGGCCAAGUGCUGGAGGACCUCCGAAAUUACCUGCCCUGGCCCUCAUUCUCCAACGCGUCCGCGCCCUCCGCGCCCUCCGGGCCCUCCGCAUCCAGUUCCAAAUGGAGCGUGCAUGGUGAAAAACAAGACCUGUGCGACAAAACGUAUCGCGACAUCUACACGAUCCAGGGCAACUCCAACGGGCGCCCAUGCUACCUGCCUUUCUAUUACGACGACCAGUGGUUUCACAACUGCACCAGCAUCGGGCGCGAGGACGGCCACCUGUGGUGCGCCACCACCUACAACUACACCCAAGACGAGCGCUGGGGCUUCUGUCCCGUCAACAGUGGCGGCUGUGAGACCUUCUGGGAAACGGACCCGCUCACGGACAGUUGCUACCAGUUCAACUUCCAGGCCUCGCUGACGUGGAGCGAGGCCCGCGACAGUUGCCAAAUGCAAGGAGCCGACCUGCUCAGCGUCACCAAGCUGCACGAGCAGACCUACAUCAACGGCCUGUUGAGCGGCUACAGCGCCACCUUGUGGAUCGGCCUCAACGACCUGGACAUCAACGGCGGCUGGCAGUGGGCCGACUCAUCGCCACUUAAUUACCUCAACUGGGAGCAAGAGCAACCCAAUCACGAAGACGAGGAAAACUGCGUCGUGAUCAGGACCGAGUCGUCGGGUCGUUGGCAAAACCGCGCUUGUUCCGAAGCUCUUCCUUACGUUUGCAAGAAAAGGCCCAAUGCCACUCUGGAUCCUUUUACCACCGACUCGUGGGCGGACGAUGAGAAGUACGAGUGCGAAGUGGGCUGGCAGGCCUUCCAGGCGGGCUGCUACAAGCUGGUGCCGGAAAAAGGCGACUGGAACGCGGGGCUGAAGACGUGCCAGAAGAUGGAGGCCAACCUGGUCAGCAUUCACACGCUGCCUGAGAUGGAGUUCAUCCUGCGCAACAUCAAGAAAGACACGGUGCAGCUGUGGCUCGGCCUCCACGACAUCGCCAUGCAGAUGGAUUUCCACUGGAGCGACCACACACCCGUCACCUUCACCUACUGGCACCCCUACGAGCCCAACAACUUUCGCAACACUCAGGAAGACUGCGUGUCCAUGUGGGGAGCCGAGGGCCGCUGGGAUGACAGCCCGUGUAACAUGACUCUGCCCGCCAUCUGCAAAAAGGCCGCAACCAAGAGCGAAGGCAAACCUCAACAUCAAGAGUGCAAACAGGGCUGGAAGUGGCACAGUCCAUCCUGCUACUGGGUGUCGGAGGAUCUGUUGACGUUCAAUGAGGCCAGGAAGUCGUGCGAGGAGAAUAAAGCCUCGCUCCUCACAAUCACCAACAGGUUUGAGCAGGCCUUCGCCAACAGUCUGGUGUUUGGUCGCUUCGAUGAUUCCUUCUGGAUCGGCCUCCACGACCAGGGCAGCCCCGGCUCAUUCCACUGGCAGAGCGGGGACCCAGUAUCCUACACAUACUGGAACCGAGACCAGCCAGUCAGCGUGCAAGGAGGCUGUGUUUCCAUGGCGACCGGCUUGGCAACCGGCCUGUGGGAGGUGAGAGAGUGCGCGUCGUGGAAGGCCAAAUACAUCUGCCGGCAGAACCAGGAUGCCACCCUGAGCCCCGAGCCCUCCUUGCCCGCCCCUCCGCCCACACCCAGCCUCAGUGGUUCCUGUCCCAACGGCUGGAAGAGCAAAAGCAACCUGCGCCACUGCUACAAGGUGUUUCACUGGUCGCAAAUGGAUCAGAAACUGAGCUGGCUGCAGGCUCACUUGUUCUGCCGCAAACAUGGCGCCGACCUGUUGAGCAUCGGAAGCCCCGACGAGGAGCACUUUGUUCUCCAAGUCCUGCAUGAGACCUUUGGGGAAUCUGAGGACCACGACCAGCACUGGUUUUGGAUCGGUCUGAACCGCAGGAACCCGAUGGAUAACGGCAGCUGGAAGUGGAGUGACGGGCUGGCUUUCACGUACCAAAACUUCGGGCGCUACUACUACAACGUCCGGCAGUGCGCCGCUGCAGACUUAGGCUCCAUGACCUGGCUGGCCAUGCAUUGUGACUCUCAACUGGACUGGAUUUGCAAAAUCCCUCGAGGCAGUGUUGAGAAGGAACCAGAGGCCGCUGAAGGCACCACUUCGCCCGAAUGGAUCGGCUUUCAGGAAGCCGAAUACAAAUUUUUUGACCACCGCACCACGUGGGACCAGGCCCAGAGAAUUUGCUCAUGGUUCGAUUCAUCGCUGGCCUCUGUUCAUUCGGCGCAGGAAGAGAAAUUCCUGUCCAGCACAGUCAACCAGAUGGUCAAGGUGGAGGGCGAUAACUGGUGGUUGGGACUUCAUACUUUCGACAACGACGGACGCUUCCGCUGGUCCGAUCACUCUGUGCUCAAUUACGUGUCCUGGGCUGCCAACAGGCCCCGCCCCCUCAGUCGCGACCGCAGAUGCGUGCACUUGAUUGCUAGCAAAGCAGAGUGGGCUGAGCAGAAGUGCCACUCUGACCUCCCGUACAUCUGCAAGAGGGUCAACGUCACCGGCACCGCCCCUCCGACGCCAUCGUCCCCGCACCUGCCAUCGGGCUGCCCCGAAGGUUGGUCCUCGUAUCGGCGCAAGUGUUUCAAAGUGUUUCAAAGGGAGCUGCCGUCCCAGAGGGCCACUUGGUCUGCAGCCAAAAUCAAAUGUGAGCUGCAAGGAGGCGUCCUGGCCGUGGUGUCCAAUCAUUUGGAGCAAGCCUUCGUCACCACCUUGCUGUCUAACGUCACCGUCGACCUGUGGCUCGGCCUCAGCUCUGACGCCAAAGGUCACUUCCAGUGGGCGCAGCCGGGUCUACUCAGCUACACCAACUGGGCUCCAGGACAGCCGGUCGACAACAACGGGCCGCAUCACGACAAGAACCCGGGAAACUGUGUCUCCGCGAUUCACGGCAACCCGCAGAAGCACAAGGGCAUGUGGGCCUCACGGGCCUGCGAGACGGAAAGCCUCGGCUACCUCUGUCAGAGGCAACAAGAUCCAGGUAUGCCCGCGGCGCCGACUCUGAUUCCCGCUACCCUGUCCAAGCGCUUGGAGCUGGGUGGCAUCACGUACCAGGUGGUGCAGAAGCGACUGGACUGGACCGGUGCCCUGCACCUGUGCAACUCCUUGAACGGGACCUUGGCGGCGCCCAAAGAUGCCGUCCAGCAGGCGUACCUGACCUUGCUCAUCAACAGCUUGCGGCUGCCGGCGUGGAUCGCUCUUUACAACUUUGGGGACCGAAGCUACACCUGGCUGGGCGAGGAAGACUUGCCCUAUUCCAACUGGGUGGACGGGCAGCCCAAUCAGCUGUCAGGCUGCGGUCACAUGACCACCUCCGGCCUGUGGACCAUGACCCCCUGCCACGCCAAAUUGGAUGCUGCCAUCUGUCAAAUCAGUGAUGCGCCAGACACUCACCAGUGGCUCUACCCGGGAAGUUGCCCCCGCUCGGUGGGCGACUGGGCCUGGCUGUCCUUCAGGAACCACUGCUACGCUUUUAACCUGCAAAGACUCAAACUGCAGCAGGACGCACGCUUGUCCUGCCAGAAAGUCGGAGCCGAGCUUCUCUCCAUUUUGGACGAGACGGAGAACGCCUUUGUGUGGGAGCACAUUCAGAGCUCGGCCGAGCAGGCCCACGGAGCUUGGCUGGGAGUCAGCGUCAAAGGCCGAGGUCUGGUGUGGGGCGAGGAAACGCAGAUGUCGUACACCAACUGGGAGUCUCACGAGGUGGCCUUCGCCGUGCUCUCCCCCAACUCCUGUUUCUGGAUCCAGAGCAACAGCGGCCUGUGGAAACCCGGAUCGUGCCGGAACCGAACGCACGGAGUCAUCUGCAAGCGGCCGAGAAUCAUCGAGUCCUCCAACGAGUUGCUGAGUGGCGACCAUCUGCCCACGCUAAUUGUGGUGCUGGUGACGAGCGUGGUGCUUGUGGCGCUAAUCGUGGGCGUCAUCUACCUGUACCGGCGGCGCGGCGGGGUGGGCGUGCGGGGGUCCUACGACGGCGCCCGCUACAGUCGCACGCAUUCGGGGCAGGGCGAGCAGGUGGAGAAAAACAUCCUGGUAUCGGACAUGGAGCUCAACGAGCAGCCCGAGUAGUCCCGCCACACUUCAGACUGGGCCAGACUGCAACGGAAACCGUGAUUUUUUUGUGAAGCCAAAAAUAAACUUGAGAAAAAGAAUCCCCCUAAAAGCGAAAGGCUGUGUAGAGCGCAGCAGCAUCACAAUUUUAAAGGCGACAUACACGACUCACAAAAAAAAAAAGUUUGGGAUAUUUGGCUUUUGGGUGAAAUUUAUGGAAAAUGUCAAAAGUUCACCACAACAACAACAAAAAAAAGUCUCAAAAACUCGGCGUGUCCCCUUGAACAUCAAUUACAGCCACAACACGGCGACUUUUUGUGAGUAGUGCAUGAUGCUUUUUUUUUUUAAACUGUUCCUAAGUGUGUCUGUGACAUGCUUUCCUCAAAACACACCAAGGAUUAACAAUUACAGCACACUUUUUAACAGAACAAAUGAAACCAGACUGUUUUGUCAUGCAAAUGAGCCACUGCUAACCCCGCCCCCUUUUCCUACUGCGGGUAAGGCAGACUGACUACACCCUCAACUGGUCGCCAGUCAGAAGCGGAGAAGCAACUUGCCCCAUACCCCCCGCCCCUGCUGCCAAAUUUUCUGCUCAUUUAAAACUUUGAGACAAUUCAAACCGACCACAAUCCCGAUGUCAUCAUCCCGAUCCCGCCUCCUUCCUUUUUCGGACACGUCAGCAUCCAAAAGAGGAGGAGGUGUCCAAAUUUCGAGUGACGUGACCUCGUGCUCUGUUCUUGCACUUUUUUUUUUUUUUUUUGGCUUCCAAGUGUUGCUGCGUUGUAUGUUUUGCCCCCCCCACACCCACCCCUGUGGCUCCACCUGGAGCUGAGUCAGCAGUUUUUUCCACACUUUUGCACAGCGCCCUAGAUCCACGCUUCUUUACGGCUUUUUUUUCUCCUCUCUUUCUGUUGGCUCAGACCAACAGAUUUCAAGACUCUCUUGCUUCUUUUGUGAUUACUUUUGUAACAUUUGCUAACGCCCCCCCUGACCCCCUCCCACAUCCCCGAACAACCCCACCCCACCAAGAUACCCACCUUCGACACCAAUGUUGUUGUUUUUGCCUCAUCUUCUUCCUUCCUUAAAAUUCUUAAAACUGGCCUGAAAGCCCAACCCAGUCAUCAAACCCUCAUUUGAAAGUCAAACUCUUUGUUUGAUACCCAAUUUUGAAACCUGGACUCGAGGCUCUACUUUGAAAGUCGAUCCCAAUCUUAAGGCCUAAAAUCCACACACACAAAAAAAAAAGUUUAUACACACUGGGGCAGGGGUGAAAAUCCCAAUUUCAAACGCCAAUUCACAAUCCAAAUGCAUUGUGUUCUCCCCUACUUUGAAACCCGAACAUAUACUUGAAACCCGACUUUGACAGCCUAAACCUCCAUGUUAGGCUGUAAACUGAAUUAGAAACCCUUGCCCGCCCUGACACUAUCUUGAAACCUAGAACCCCUACUUUCAACCCACACUUAAAACCUUAUUUGCAAACCUAGCUCAGUCUUCAAGCCCGCAUUUAAACCCGACUUUGAAACCGAAUGACUCUUUCUCAUGAUUUUGCUUCUCUGUCUUUGUGGUUUUCUUUUUUCUUUUUUCUUCAAAAUAUCUGCAGACUUUACAGCUUCUCUUUGUUUGCGUGUGUGUGUUUUUGUUUUGGGACAUCUGCCAACAACCAAGAUCCCCCCUCACGACACCAAUGUAAAUACCAGAGUGUUGUUUUUACCCCCCAAAAAGCAGAUUUAGGAUCAUUUCCCCAUCUUCUCCCCCCGCCUCCAGGAAUUCUUUUUUUUUUGUGGGGGGCUGAGAUGGAAGGGGAAGGAAGAAAAAGGUGUGUGUAUGUGUGUGUGUGUGUGCGUGUGUGUGUGUCUCCAGCUGUGGAAUGUUGAGUCCGUAAGAAGAGCUCAGUGGCACGUCUGGAACCAAUCAGAGAAGAGAAAGCAGUGAAGUGGGUGGUUUCGGGGCGUACGGUGGGGGCGCCUGGGGCUCAGGGACGUGAGGGGGUGAAAAAAGUCGGGAAAAAAAGCAGUGGAUGUGAAAAAAGGGAUCAAGACGAAGGGAUAGAGAGAAUAGAGGUGACGUGGGGGUCCAGGGUGGACUUGGAAGACGUCGCCUGCCCUCUGGUGGCCAUUCGCUGUACCACAGUUUGUGAGCCGUCAAUCACAGUCUUACGAAAUAAUGACGUGUGUGACGUGGGAGAGCGUGUGACAGUCCCUUUUCCUGCCAUUUAGUCUGUAAUCAGGCCACGUGUUAGCCCUGUGAAUAUGACCGGAAGUCCCAAUUUGUGCAACUUGUUGGACCUUUUUUUAAUGAAAUGAUGAAUAAAAGUAUAUAUAUAUUCUGAAA